GGGAUCCUGCUGCUGGAAAUCUGGAGCCCUUGAGAGGUUUCACGGCAGAGCAAGCAGCGGCUGUUUCAGCCGGGACGGGCACAGGAUGUGGCUCGGACCUGCUGCCAUCCUUCAGCAAGGGGCCAGGGACUGCUUCGUCCUGUGGUUUCAGGAGGGUUUCAUCCGGCAGCCUGCAAGGUGAGGGGGCAGUUUAUCCCCCUGCAGCUGUGUCCUGCUGCCCCUGCGCUCUUCUCCACCUCCAAGCACACUCCACAUCCGUGCUUCUUUUUCAGGGCAAGAAGAUUUGGGAUUGUGCUUGCUCAUCCUUGCUCUGAGCUUCUUGAGGUUUGAACCAAGGUACAAUGGUGGUUCCCGUUCUCCCCUCUUAUUUGCACCACUCGGGCUGGAAGUAAGUUAAUUUAUUUAAUUUGUGCCUCAGGAGCGUGCCAUUGAGGCACGCGAAGAAGGAAAAACAUCUCGGUGCCCCUUUUGCUCAUGCUCAAACAACUCCAUGAGGUCCUGGCUGCUCUUUGCUCCUGCCUCCCACGGGGCUGUGCAACGGGGUGCCAUGCCAUGGGGUGCUGUGCAGUGCGGUGAGGUGCUGGGCUGUGUAAUGCACACCCAACUUUGACAGUGGCUGUGGGCUCAGCGAGCUGCAACGCGACGCUUCAGGCCCCUGAGCUGCGCCGUCGGAGCAUCCCCGUGCACAGACCCAAGCUCUGCACCAGGACCGGGACCUCUGCACCUCCCCAUGGUGCUGUGCCCGGAGGAAGAGCAUCACCAGCGUGGGUGUGGGCCAGGGCCACUACCCCGAAGACCACAGCAGCGCUCGAGGCCUCAUUUCCUUUGCGGCCGCGUCGUCGUCUAUGCCUUAGUGAAGAGCUGGAGGCUGCCUGGUGUGGUGGCUGCAGCCUUCAUCACCGUGCCUCUGGGUGAUGGAGGAUGAGGAGGGCUACACCGUGCUGAAGUUUGGGGCAAAAUGCAGCACCCCACAGAGGCAGCAAGGCGGUGGGAUGGCAGCUGCAGCUUCCUGUUUGGCUGCGGUGCCGUCGUGAGGCCGGAUGGAGACACCGUGCCCCCCAUCCCCUCUGCCCCAUGCCACAAUGGGGCUGUGAGGGUGGGCACAAUCCAGGCUCAUCUCAUCCCACAGGAUUCCCUCGACGCCAGUACCUGGUCACCAGCACCGGAUGGGCUUUGAGCACUGGUUUGGCUGUAGCGGUGAUAACCUUGGGGCUAAGAGUCUGGCAAUUGCACGACUCGGGACAGUGCUAUGCGACUCUCAACACAUCAGCCACCGACACCGAAAACUGGGAGAAUGGAUGCAGAGGCUGCCUGGAGAGAUUUCAGCUGCAGCUGAAAGCAGCCCUGUGCAACGCACCCGAGAUGGAUGGCAGAGGGUGCCUGCUGUGUCCCCGGGACUGGUUGCAGCACGGGAACUGGUGUUACUGGGUGUCCCACGAGAGCCGGGACUGGCAGAGGAGCCGGGACGACUGCGCCCAAAAGGGCUCUGCCCUCUUCAUCAUCCGGAACCAGGAGCAGAUGCACGUGCUCCAGGAUGUCACGCAGGGAAGGGGCUACGUCUGGAUCGGGCUGGCGGUGACAGGGGCCAAAGGCACCUGGACGUGGCUGGAUGGCUCCAUGCUGGACACCAAGCAGUUCCGCAUCUUGGGCUCGGCCACCAGCGGCAGCUGCGCCCUGAUGAAAGGUUCCCAAAUUCACUCUGAGGGCUGCAACGCCGAGUCCAGAUGGGUCUGUGAGAAGGAUGCUGUUGCCCUGUAGCCACCCCAUGUCCAGUCUUGGGUCCCCAGGGCUUGGGGGGCAAACACCUGCCCCCCUCCUCUUCCUUGGCACCGAAGCAAAGGGUGAAUGAGGAGGAAUGCAUUUCUACCCCAGCUCCUUUUGCUGGCUCGCAGCAGGGCACGGGGAAAGCCCAACUGCAGCCAGGAUCCUGAUGGAUAGGGACAACAUUGCUGUCCUCCACAGGCUUGCAGGGGGAGAAAGGGGAUUGAUCCCAAAGCCCCCAGAGCUGUGGUCAUGAAGUUUGGUCCUUCCCACAGCCCUAGAUAACAU